CCAGUCGUGACAAUAUAUUUCCGGUUAAAGUUGUUUACAUUGCCAACUCUUUUCGCUUGAUUUGACGUAUGGAUAUUUCGUAAAUACCGAUAUCCUGGACGGAAAAUGGCUUGUUGUGGGCCAGAAGCGAUUCGAAUUAAAAAGCCAACUGCACCUGUAGUAAAGACAGGCUAUCUGAAGAUUUAUGAAAAGGGAUUCUUCAGCAAAGGCUGGAAAUCUCGAUAUUUUGUACUGUAUCAAGACAGCAGUCUAAUAUGGUUCCCCGACCACAGCAGCUACCAGCACAGUGGUGGUGUCAAACUAAAGAUGGUAGCAAAUUAUAUGGCAGUCGGACCAAUGUGCCUUCAUAUAACAGGGAGACCAGAUCUUCCCAAAGGCAGAUUGGCAACACAUAUGAUGGGUAUACCUAAUAUUUUCAAGAAAGGAACAAAGAAACAAAAUAUUGUAAUGAACUGGAUAUUGUUUGAUGGCGGAGACGAGGAAAUGAAGGCUUGGCUAGAUGCUAUACAACCAACACUACCUCCACCUCCUCCCAGACCAGAACGACCGCCUCAUUCUCACUAUGCAAAGCAGAAUGGUCAUCCCCAACAGAAUGGUCAACCACAACAAAAUGGACAACCACCGCCAUAUGGAUUCAAUCCUAAUGUUGUGCAUCCUGCUAACAAUGCUGCUUACCCACCAACAAAUAAUGGAUAUCCACCUAACCAGCAACCUAACCAGCAAAGACAGAACGGUCACGGAGGUGGUCAUACAACUGUUGUAGUACAGAAUGGUGGAGGAGGAGGAGGGGGACAUCGUGACAAUAAUGACUUUGCAACUGGAAUGCUUUUAGGAGGUGCACUAGGCUAUGGUCUCGGUGGAUACGGUCCAGGCUAUGGAUGGGGAUAUGGUUGGGGCUGGGGACCGCACCCGUAUGGUGGAUACUGGGGAAGUCAUGGUAGUUUUGGAAGUCAUGGAGGUGACAUGAACAUAGAGAAUAAUUACUAUGACUGUGAUCACGACAAUGAAGAUUACGGAUAUGAUGACAAUGAUGUCGGGGAUUUUGAAGCCGGAGAUAAUGGGGAUGGUGGAGACUUUGGUGAUGGAGGUGAUGGGGGCGGUUGCGGGGGUGGGGAUGGUGGCGGCGGUGGUGAUGGUGGUGGAUGUGGAGGAGGAUGCGGCGGAGGGUGUGGUGGAUAA